AAAAAGUUGGUCUGCUUACAAAUCAAGAGUUUUUAACGAAAAUCCAGCCAACAUGAAGGUCAUCUACAACACCCUGUUCAAGCGCACCUCCACCUACGCCGUGGCCAUCAUCGCGUCGGCCUUCUUCUUCGAGCGCGCCAUCGAUGUCACGUCGGUUGCGAUCUUCGAGGGCAUCAACAAAGGCAAGCUCUGGAAGGACAUCAAGGGCAAAUACGAAUAAACUACCAUGAUUCGUUGUAAUUAGCAAUAAAAAUCAACGUUUAUUCUAAACGAAACGAAAACUAAA